AAUGAAACGCAAUACAUCACAUGGGGUUUGCAAAGGGGUUGAGUCACCUCUUGAGUUGGUAAAAAAAUCAAGGAUUAUGUUCACGAUUAACAAGACACACAUAAAUCACGUCAUUUUAUAGUUUCUAACACAAAAAAGUAAUCCUGUCGAAGUAGGAAUUCAAAGACAACUUCUCGCACGUUUAAGGGAAAAAUGUCUGAAGCAAUAUUUUCUGAAAAGUCGGUAUCUGUACCGCAGCCAACCGAAGAAGACGCCAUCAGGCUUCUCGACGAAGCGAAAGAAGCCCUCGACGAAAUUAGAGAAAUGAAACUGGAGAAUUUCAUUAGGCCGGAAAUCGAGCUGGCCGACGAAGUUAUUGACCUAGAAAUUGUCCACACUAGCUCUGAGGCUGACAUAAUCGAGUUCUCUAAAAUAAUAUAUGACGCGUUGCCCAAAGAAAAGGAAGAAAAACUAUUUUCGAAAAAUGUUUCUGAGAAGAACCUGUUAUGCCCGGAUACAACACCGUCGCCGGCAGUCGACGUGGAAAUCGCACCUGUCAACAUCACGACGGUCACAGAAGGCAACCAGACGAUCCCCGAUAACCGAAAGCGUUGGGCAACCAUCAGAAGGAUAUUCAGCAGGAACAAAACAACUAACAAAAUAUAAAACAGUCGUUGUUUCAUUCUAGUGUGAAACGAUUGAAUUCAUUUGGA